AUGCGUUCCUUCUGGAAAUAUAACUUUUGUUUCUUUCUUUUUAUUAUUUUUCCAGACAAUGGAGAAAUUUUGCUACAACUGUCAAUGGUCGACGUACUGGCAUUAAAUAUACAUUUGAUAACAAUAUUUUUGUUAUCUCUCUUUCACUCACUCUCUCUAUCUACUUAUCUAUCUCCCUCCCUCUCUCUCAUUCUAAGUCACUUUCUCUCUAUUUCUAUCUCUCUCACUUUCACUUUAUCUAUCUAUCUUUGUCUUUCUCUGUCACUUUUUAUCUCUCACUGUCUCUCUCUCUCUCUUAAACACGAUACUAACCGUUGCGUAAUUUUAAUUUCUAUCUCUCUCUCACUCACUCACUCUAUUUCUUUCUAUCUAUCUAUCUCCCUCUCUCUCUCUCUCUCUCUCUCUAUCUAUCUAUCUAUCUCUAUUUCUAUCUCUCCCUCACUUUCUCUCUCUGACACUCUCUAUUUUUAUCUCUCUCUCUCUCUCUCACUCACCCUAUUUCUAUCUCUAUAUAUCUAUGUCACCCUCAGACACUCUAUCUAUCUUAUUUCUAUAUCUCUCUCUUACUCUCUCUAUCUCUGCGUAUCUCACUCUUCCUAUCUCGCUCACUUUCUCUCUAUCUCUAUUUAUCUCUUCCACUCUCUAUAUAUAUAUAUAUAUAUAUAUAUCUUACUAUUUUUAUAUCUCUCUCUUACUCUCUCUAUCUCUGCCUAUCUCACUCUCCUUAUCUCUCUCACUUUCUCUCUAUAUCUCCCAAUGUCUCUCUCAUUCUCUCUUCCACUCUCUCCCACUCUCUCUCUUCCUCUCUAUCUCUUAUUAUUUCUAUAUAUCUCUCUCUAUCUCUGCCUAUCUCACUCUCCUUAUCUCUCUCACUUUCUCUCUAUCUCUAUCUCUCUCACUAUCUCUUCCACUCUCUCUCUCCCUUUCUCUCUCUCUCUCUCUCUCUUACUAUUUCUAUAUCUCUCUCUUACUUUCUCUAUCUCUGCCUAUCUCACUCUUCCUAUCUCUCUCACUUUCUCUCUAUCUCUAUCCCUCUCACUGUCUCUCUCACUCUCUCUUCCACUCUCUAUCUCACACUCUCUCCCACUCUCUCUCCCUCUAUCGCUCUCUCUUACUAUUUCUAUCUCUCUCUCUUACUCUCUGUAUCUCUGCCUAUCUUACUCUUCCUAUCUCUCUCACUUUCUCUCUAUCUGUGUCUCUCUCACUAUCUCUCUCACUCUCUCUCCCACUCUCUCUCCCACUCUCUCUCUCACACUCUCUCACACUCUCUCUCUCUAUCUCUCUCUCUCUCUCUUACUAUUUCUAUAUCUCUCUUUUACUUUUUUCUAUCUCUGCCUAUCUCUCUCACUUUCUCUCUCUCUAUCUCUCUUACUCUCUCUCUCACUCUCUCUCCCACUCCCUCUCUCCCCUCUCUCUCUCUAUCUCUUACUAUUUCUAUAUCUCUCUCUUACUUUCUCUAUCUCUGCCUAUCUCACUCUCCUUAUCUCUCUCACUUUAUCUCUAUUUAUCUCUCUCACUGUCUUUCUCCCUCUCUCUUCCACUCAUCUCCCUCUCUCUCUCUCUCUCUCUCUCUCUCUCUCUCUCUCUCUCUGUAUUAAAUAUACAUUUGAUAACAAUAUUUUUCUUUGUUGCUCAUCUCUCUCUCUAUAUAUAUAUAUAUUUCUAUCUAUCUCUCACUCUCUGUCUAUCUAUCUCACUCACUCUCCCUCUUUUUCUAUCUAUCUCUCAUUCUCACUUUAUGUCUAUCUCUCUCUCACUGUCUUUCUCUAUUUCUAUCUCCCUCACUCGCUCUAUCUAUCUAUCUCACUCUUUCUAUUAUCUCUCACUAUUUCUGUCUCUCUGUUACUCUCUCUGUCUUUGUCUAUCUCUCACUCACUCUCUAUCUCUCUCAUUCUUUCUCUCUAUAUAUCUAUCUCUCGCUCUCGCUUUCGCUUUAUACAUUCAACCGUAUCAAGUUUAUAG